GCCAUUUUUGUAGAUUAAACUGCGAGUCUUGCCAACUAUCGACCCAUGUGGCAUGGUUAGGCUGGCACGCACAGGAAGGAAUAGACUAAAAUCGAUGCGCUUAUUUUCUCUCAAAGGGCGUGUUUCUGUUCUGCUUACUGUUCUGUAUACUGUUAGAUAGAACAGACUCAGUGUCGUGCGUUUUUUAGUCAACGGCUUGGCGUAAAUGUUUAUGCCACAUUUUCUAACUCGUAUAUAACUAAAUGUGAAUGGGUGAAUAGUGAAAAGCUCGCGAUGUGGUUUUAAAGGCAAUAUUCGACUGCAUACACUGUUGAAAAGGGAUUAUUGCUCAAGUUACAUUAGCUAAGCUAGGCCUACUUUGUGUUAGAACUUGGAUAAACACGCCACGAUGCAAGGGACGGACUCCGGAAAGGAAGAUUCCAACAAGGACGCACCUGGGUCGAUCUAUUCCGAAAAGAAUGCACCGAAUAGCGGAGAAAUGGAAACCAACAACCCACAGGGUCUAAACGCUGUAUCAGUUCUUUGGACAUUUGGCAAAUGCUUAGGAGCUUUGUUGCCCGUCUACCUGGCAGGGUACUACCGGGUUAGCACUAGUAUUUUAGUAUUCGGGCUCAUGGUCUACACAGGAUGGAAACACUCACGCGAGGCAAAAGAGGCUCGUCUGCGGUCCGCUAUUCACCACUAUGAAAACGAACAACAUAUAUCCAUGAAAAUAUUCAAAAGUAAAAAGGAUCUCCCUGCUUGGGUCAACUUCCCAGAUGUGGAGAAGGUAGAAUGGCUGAAUAAGAUCCUGCAACAGGUGUGGCCUUUUGUGGGUCAGUACCUGGAAAAGCUGCUGGUAGAGACCAUUGCUCCAUCCAUCCGUUCCUCCAGCACUCACCUCCAAACCCUCACCUUCACCAAGGUGGACUUUGGGGACAAGGCCAUGAAGGUUGUUGGUGUGAAAGCACACACAGAGAAUGAGAAGGGACAAGUCCUGUUGGAUGUGUACAUCAGCUAUGUUGGAGAUGUUGAGAUCAAUGUGGAGGUGAAAAAGUAUUUCUGCAAAGCAGGAGUCAAAGGAAUACAGCUCCAUGGGAUGAUGCGGGUGAUUCUGGAGCCUCUGAUUGGAGACGUCCCCAUCGUGGGUGCAGUUACCAUGUUCUUCAUCCGCAGGCCAAAACUGGACAUCAACUGGACUGGAUUGACCAACUUACUGGACAUCCCUGGCCUGAACAUCAUGUCUGACACUAUGAUAAUGGACGCCAUUGCCUCCUUCCUGGUUCUGCCCAACCGUCUGACUGUUCCUCUGGUAGCAGAUCUGCAUGUUGCCCAGCUACGCUCUCCUCUACCCAGGGGUGUGGUGCGUAUCCACCUCCUGGAGGCUGAUGAUCUGCCAGCUAAAGACAACUACAUGAAGGGGGUGAUAUCAGGGAUGUCUGAUCCGUAUGCUGUUUGUAGGGUGGGGCCUCAGACCUUCACCUCACAAGUUGUGGACAACACUGUCUGUCCCAAAUGGGGAGAGAUGUACGAGGUCAUAGUCCAUGAAGUACCAGGUCAGGAGCUGGAGGUGGAGGUCUAUGACAAAGACCCAGACAAGGAUGACUUUCUGGGCAGAACCAAGGUGGAUUUGGCUUUAGUGAAGAAGUCCAAAGUUGUCGAUGAAUGGUUCACUUUGAAAGAAACCAAGUCAGGACGGGUCCAUUUCAGACUGGAGUGGUUGGUCCUGCAGCCCAGUACCGAGCGUCUGGAAGAGGUUCUUCAUAGGAACGAGAGCAUGACAGUGUCCAGUAAGAGUUCUGAUCCUCCCUCGGCAGCCAUCUUGGCAGUUUAUCUGGAUAAGGCUGAAGCCCUUCCUAUGAAGAAGGGCAAUAAAGAACCCAGCCCCAUGGUGCAGAUGUCUGUGCAGGACGUAACCAGAGAGAGCCGGACAUCUUGGACAACCAUCAACCCAGUGUGGGAAGACGCCUUUACCUUCUUCAUCCCAGAUCCUCGCAAGCAGUCAAUUGACAUUCAGGUGAAGGACAAUGACAGGACACAGAGUCUAGGGAGCCUGUCCAUCCCUCUGUCACGCCUGCUGUCCAGCCCCAACCUGUCUCUGGACCAGUGGUUCCAGCUGGACAACUCUGGUUCCGCCAGCCGAAUCUAUAUCAACACUGUUCUCAGGGUGUUGUGGUUGGAUGAAGAGAACAUUUCUGCUACCUCGACCGAAGCAGCCAACCUAGCAGCUGACCUCUCAAAGAUACGCCCCCAGCAGACUUCACCUGACCCCAGCUUUGCCACAGAGGGGGUGCUGAGAAUCCACCUUCUAGAGGGCCAGAAUCUGGUUCCCAAGGACAACAUGAUAGGGGGUAUGGUGAAGGGCAAAAGUGACCCCUACGUAAAAAUCAACAUUGGUGGGGAGACCUUUGAAAGUCGGGUCAUCAACAGGAACCUAAACCCUACCUGGAAUGAGAUGUAUGAGGUGGUUCUGACCACACUGCCUGGACAGGAGCUGCAUUUAGAGGUGUUUGAUAAAGACAUGGACAUGAAGGAUGACUUCAUGGGCAGGUUGAAGAUCAAUCUGAAGGAUAUCAUUACUUCUCAGUACACUGAUCAGUGGUACACUCUGAAUGAUGUCAAGUCAGGUCGUGUUCACCUGGUUCUGGAGUGGGUUCCUACUGUGUCAGAGCCCGACAUACUAGAUCAGCUGUUCCAGUUCCAGACGAGACAGUCGUUCAACAACAAGGCUGUCCCCUCCAUGGCCUUACUGUUUGUGUUUGUGGAGAGGUCAGAUGGCCUACCACUGAAGAAGAGUGGGAAGGAGCCAAAAGUAGGAGCUGAACUUGUUGUAGGGGGGACCUCCCAUAAAACGACGGUGUGUGAUCGCACCACAUCCCCCCAGUGGGACGAGGCUUUCUAUUUCCUGGUUCGUGACCCCAGAGAGGAGCUCCUUAUAGUGAAGUUGUCACACUGUUGGACCUUGCCCAUUGGUUCUCUGGUGGUCCCGCUCAGAGAACUGCUGUCAGAACCAGAUCUGGUACUGGAUCAGUGGCUGAGUCUGGAUGGAGCUUCACCUGACAGUCAGAUUCUUCUUAAGGCUGAACUCAAAGUGCUGUGUCCUAAGAAGUGUAAAAUUGAUGUGGAUAAGGCAGAUCCACCCAGAGGUGGAGCCAGCUCAACACCUGAACAGAAACGGGAGAAAGACACUGUGUUGCAGAGGUCUAGUUCUGUGGACACUCCCAGCUCUCCAGCCCCCAGCCUUCCCGCCAUCCCAUUACCAAAGCCAGAGGAGACUAAGAAGGUAACGGCUACGGAGGAGGUCCCUCAGAAGGUACCUGAGGAAGUCUCUGUGGAACCCAGUCCUGCUGAAACACUCCCCACACACACCAACCCUGGACCUGGCUUUGCCUCUGAGGGGGUGCUGAGAAUCCACCUACUGGAGGCCCAGAAUCUAAUUGCCAAAGACAAUCUGAUGGGGGGCUUGAAGAAAGGCAAGAGUGACCCAUAUGUGAAAAUCAACAUCGGAGGAGUCACAUUUAAGAGUCAUGUGGUCAAGGAGAACCUCAACCCCACCUGGAAUGAGAUGUUUGAGACGGUGAUGACCCCACAGCCAAGUCAGGAGGUCCAGGUGGAGCUGUAUGAUAAAGACAUGGACUCUGAUGACUUCCUGGGCAGGUGUCACAUCAGUAUGAAAGACAUCAUCCAGUCCCAGUAUACAGAACAGUGGUUCACUCUCAAGGAUGUCAAGUCAGGUCGUGUUCACCUGGUACUGGAGUGGGUGCCUACUGAAUCAGAACCAGAACAACUGGAUCAGGUACUGCAGCUGCAGUCUCUCCAGUCCUACCAGAACAAGGCUGUUCCUGCUGCUGCUCUGCUCUUCGUCUACAUGGACAGAGCCCACUCACUGCCUUUUAAGAAGAGUGGGAAGGAGCCCAAGGCUGGAGCUGAGUUGGUUCUGGGGAAGACAACCUACAGAACCAAGGUGUGUGAUCGCACCAAGUCACCCCAGUGGGACGAGGCUUUCUACUUCCUCAUUCAUGACCCCAGAAAGGAAAUCCUCAUAGUGAGGCUCUCCAGUGCUUGGGAUCAGGCGUUAGGUUCUGUGGUGAUACCAGUUAGAGAGCUGCUGUCAGAACCAGGUCUGGUCCUGGAUAAGUGGCUGAGUCUGGAUGGAGCUACACCUGACAGUGAGAUUCUACUGAGGGCAGAGCUGAAGAUCCUGAACUCAAAGAUGGCGGAGAGUGGUGGGGUACCAUAUGGCUCUGUCCCCGGUCCACAAAUCAUUAGUAGUGAGAAGAAAGAACUGCAUGUUUCUCCGUCCAGUGAGAAGGAAAAACACAGUAAAGCGCCCUCUGAAGAGUCUGUUCAAGUCUCCAGCCAACCCUCUAUCUCAGAAACUGAGGAAGUAGAAGUGGUCUAUGAGGUUUCCACUGAAGACCCCAGCCUUCCUGAAACUCUCCCCACACAGCCAACCCCUGACGGCGGUAUGAAUACUGAGAUAGUGGAGCCAGAAGACACUGAGGUGGAAGAAUCUCUCACCAUCACCCAACAGGCAGUCACAGCAGAUGCUGAGGAGCGCCAGCCGAGGCAGGGGCCCAUGGGAGAGUCUGGUAUAGAGGACAUUGCCAGAGCUACGGUGUCCAGCCUUCCAUCAGUGUCUGUACCUGAAGCAGCUGAGGUCCUUCCUGAUGUCAUUCCUGAAAAACGACCACUUCACACUACCCCUCAUCCCAACUUUGGCAUUGAGGGGGUGCUCAGAAUCCACAUACUGGAGGCCAAGGAUCUAGUUGCCAUGGACAAGGUCAUGGGGGGACUAAAGAAGGGCAAGAGUGACCCCUAUGUCAAGAUCAACAUCGGAGGAGUCAAGUUUAAGAGUCUUGUGAUCAAGGAGAACCUCAACCCCACCUGGAAUGAGAUGUUUGAGACUGUGCUGAGCCCCCAUCCUGGUCAGGAGGUCCAGGUACAGCUGUAUGAUAAAGACUUGGACUCUGAUGACUUCCUGGGCAGGUUUAUGGUCAGGCUGAGUGAUGUCAUCAGUUUCCAGUAUACUGACCAGUGGUUCACACUGACGGAUGUCAAGUCAGGUCGUGUUCACCUGGUACUAGAGUGGGUUCCUACUGUAUCAGAACCAGAACAUCUGAAUCAGGUACUGCAGCUGCAGUCUCUCCAGUCCUACCAGAACAAGGCUGUUCCUGCUGCUGCUCUGCUCUUUAUCUACAUGGACAGAGCCCACUCACUGCCUUUUAAGAAGAGUGGGAAGGAGCCCAAGGCUGGAGCUGAGUUGGUUCUGGGGAAGACAACCUACAGAACCAAGGUGUGUGAUCGCACCAAGUCACCCCAGUGGGACGAGGCUUUCCACUUCCUCAUUCAUGACCCUAAAGAAGAGAUGCUCAUAGUUAAGCUUUCCAGUGCUUGGGAUCAGGCGUUAGGUUCUGUGGUGAUACCAGUCAAAGAGCUGCUGUCAGAACCAGGUCUGGUCCUGGAUAAGUGGCUGAGUCUGGAUGGAGCUACACCUGACAGUCAGAUUCUACUGAGGGCAGAGCUGAAGAUUCUGCACUCUAAAAUGGUGGAGCUGAUAGGUCAGGGAACUCUACCUUGUGCUGCUGGGAACCAUGGUCAGGUGAAGCUCUCUGUGUCUUAUGCAUCAAAGGAGAAGAAACUCGCCGUCGCAGUCCACGCCUGCAGGGAUCUGCCUUCUUCCAGCAAGGAUGGUCUCGACACCUACAUCUCCCUCAUUCUGCUGCCAGACAAAAGCAAGGCCGCCAAGAGGAAGACGAGCAUCAAGAAGAAAGACCUCAACCCAGAAUACAAUGAAAGGUUUGACUUUGACUUGUCUUUGGAGGAUGCCAGUCACAGGCAUCUCAGUGUGUCAGUGAAGAACAGCUCUGCCUCCUUCAGGAGCAGUGAUCUCAUUGGACAGGUGCUGAUAGAACUUGCUCAGAUUGACCUUGCCUCUGGGAUCACAGAAUGGUUUGACUUGAAAGAAGAGGGUGAAUAGUGGACUCGUCUGCAGUUGUCAUACCUGCCAUACCACAGGGUUAAAGUUCACCUCUAAAGCCACACGCUGUUCCCUUCCUUCAUCUACUUACGACACCAAACACUGCUGCAGCCUGCCUUGUUCUCUCGUUGGUCUUGACGUUGACCUGUUCAUAUAUCUAUCUAUAUAUCCAAAUGUCAUUAUUAUCAUCAAACAAACUGGGCAAAAACAAUCUAAUAACCUGGACUGGAUCAAGAGAAAGUCAAUAUUGUACAAUUAGAUAUGAAGUAUUUACCUAGUAUUAAUUGUUAUGAAGGUUAGUGUGUGUAUAUACUUGUCAAAUAGAUAAGAAAGUUACUGAUGAGAGUUAGAACUGCAUAUGAAAGGGAAACUUGAAAUCUAGAUUAUUUGAAGGUUAUAAAUGUUACAUGUUCAAGGUACUACGGAAAGAUUGCCAAAUGCACUUAUCUUGCUGAAGUACUUUAUUGGUGAAGAAGGCAUGUUUAUUAAGGUAAAAGACUCCUGUCUGAAUAAGGAAGUGAAUAGCAAAUGAGCAUUCAGUAUCAGAAUGUUUAUAUGUUGGUUGAUACCAGAGGGGGAAAAAACAAUCUGGAAGAUAUAUCAGGGAAUUCCAUAAUAUAUUAUGAAUAUGUAAGAUUGAAAGUAUCGUAUUAAGGUUUUAAUUAUUACAGUAUGGCCCGUGUCCUUGCAUAUUCAGUCAUAGUCGGAUACACAGUAAAACUUAAUCCCCCAACGCCUUAACUCAGUGUUUAGUCAGGAAGCUUACUAAAAGACAGCUCAGAUUUUAUGUUAUUAUACAGAACCCACUGCUAAGCACUAUAUAGUACUGAUCAUCUCUUUAUUAUGUAAAAUGCAGCCAAAUGAAGUUACUCUAAUAAUACAUAUUAUGUAUACUGAACUGUAAGGUUCAAAAGUGUUUUUAUUUUCCUCAUUCAUUGUCAUAGUGUUGAUUCAUUCAUUCAAAACAUGCUCCAUUCCAUGUUGUUAUAUAUACAGAACAUGAAUGUUAUUUUUAUGUGCUUGGAGAGAACUUACACACACUGCUGCAUUGAUGGGUUUUAUUUUUGUGUUGCAGCUAAUAUUUUUAUUGUAUUUUUACUUCAAUAAAACAUUUCAAUUGUUUUGCAUACAUUUGUGCAUCUAUUCACUCUUUAUGUCAUGUGUUUCCAACAUGAAAAUAAAAUGUUGGACUGAAA